CCGGGGCCCUGCAUCUCCAUCAUUUAACAACCUGCUACUAUCGUUAGCCUGUUUGCUUGUCUUUUUCCUAAUGUUGUCAACUGUUUUUGGUCAAGAAACAUGGCUCAGUAACUGUCAUCGGCCAGUUUACAACAAUGGUAUGAUGUGUUUGUGUGUGCUGAGUGUUUAACAUCACACAAAAACACCCAGGAGGAUGAAUGCAGAGGAAGUGGAGCUGCUCAGUGACUCCAAGUACAGGAACUAUGUUGCCGCUGUGGACAAAGCCCUCAAGAACUUUGAGUAUUCCAGUGAAUGGGCCGAUCUUAUCUCGGCUCUGGGAAAACUCAACAAGGUGUUACAAAACAAUGCUAAAUACCAAGUGGUGCCCAAGAAGCUGACAAUAGGUAAACGACUGGCCCAAUGCCUCCACCCUGCACUUCCAAGCGGGGUCCACCGCAAAGCCUUGGAAACCUAUGAGAUAAUCUUCAAAAUUAUUGGUUCCAAGAGGCUAGCAAAAGAUCUCUUCCUUUACAGCGCUGGACUCUUCCCUUUACUGUCCAAUGCUGCUAUGUCUGUAAAACCUGUGCUCCUUGGACUCUAUGAGACCUAUUAUCUACCCUUGGGAAAAACUCUGAAACCAGGCCUACAGGGAUUGCUGACUGGUGUACUUCCCGGUCUAGAGGAGGGCUCUGAGUACUAUGACAGAACCAACGCUCUGUUAGAAAAAGUGGCUGGUGCUGUGGAGCAGUCGGCCUUCUACAGUGCCUUGUGGGGCAGUAUACUGACUAGCCCUGCUGUGCGUCUGCCUGGGGUAUCCUUUGUCCUGCUUCAUCUCAACCGCAAGCUCUCAAUGGAGGACCAGCUUUAUGUCAUGGGCAACGAUAUUGAACUGAUGGUGGAAGCAGUCAGUACCUCUGUCCAGGACUCAAGUGUGCUUGUCCAAAGGAGCACCCUGGAUCUGAUACUCUUUUGUUUUCCCUUCCAUAUGAGUCAGGCAACCCGCCCAGAUAUGAUCCGGAUCCUAUCGGCAGCUUUGCAUGUGGUUUUGAGAAGAGACAUGUCCCUGAACCGCAGACUCUACGCCUGGCUGCUGGGCUUUGACAACAAUGGGGUGAUGGUAGGCCCUCGCAGUACACGGCAGAGCAAUCCAGAAGAGCACGCUAGCCAUUACUUCAACGCCUACUCUAAAGAUAUGUUGGUGCAGGCAAUGGUGGGAAUCUUGCAGGGCAAAGCCAGAGGUGGUGAAGAAGAAAGUAUCCUUAUGCAUGACCUUAAGCCAUUUCGCAUUCUCAUCAGCCUCCUGGAUAAACCGGAGCUGGGUCCAGCAAUCCUUGAAGAUGUUUUAAUUGAGGUAUUUCGUACUUUACAUACACAGUGUCGAACAGAGUUGGAUCUCCAAAGUCAGAGUCCAUUUAGCAAAGAUCACACGCACCUCAGCAGUAAACUACGGGAAAAUAAAAAGACAGCAGAGCUAAUAAAAACAGCCAAUCUGCUGUUCAACUCAUUUGAGCCUUACUACAUGUGGGACUACAUCUCCCGCUGGUUUGAGGAGUGUUGCAGAAGGACAGUGAACAGUGGAGCUCAGGGCCCUCAACACACCGGGGCCAUAGACUGUCCUGAACUCUCACUGGUGGAAUUUUGUCAGCUCGUUGAUUUUCUUCUGGAUAUUGUUUCCUUGGAAACAUACAUAGAGAUCCAGACAGAGCAUCUCCCUCAGCUGCUGCUGCGGAUGGUGGCUGCUCUCACUGCUCACCUCCAAGCUCUGGGUCUUGGAGAAUUGACUCACUGCCUUCGCCUCUGUUCAAAAAUCCUCAGUAAAGUACAGCCCCCUCUGGUGUCACCUCUAGUGUUACCCCUGGGCCCUCAGGCGCCAGGUAUUUCAAACCCCACGACUGCCCCAUCACCAUCGCCAUCAGACAGACCCAAAAAGAAGGAAGAGAAACAGACUCCUCCUUCAACAUUAGAGCUACCCGUAAGUGCAGAAGUAUUUGAGGAGGGUGAGAGUCUUCCCAGCGUGCGCUCCCCUGAGAGUGGCUUUACAGACUUCGUGCAGUACCAGGGUGAUGGUGAGGAGGCCGACAGGACCCCUAAUGCCACCCCUACUCUCAAAACCGGCCGACGCUCCUCAGGCCUGUCUCAGGCCAAACCUCUGGACAAACCUAUCAUGCAGUGCUGCCUGGAGCACUUCCAGCUGUUCCUCUCACGCCUUAUCACACUGUAUGUUGUCCCUGGUCAAGAGAGAGUGGAG